AUGUCUUCUUGUGUUAACACAUCAUGCACUGCGCAAGAGUUCAUUUGCCAUGGACUCCUUGUUGAGGUUCUUCAUGAAAAUCCAGAGCUGCUCAUUUUCAAUAUUUCGUUCCAGAUACUGAACAGCAUUGCAGCCACGUUUGGAAAUGUUUUGGCGUUGCUCGCAAUAUGGCGCACACCCUCGCUUCAUUCUCCGUCCAACACACUUUUGUUUGGCUUGGCCGUGUCCAAUUUGGGUGUUGCAUGUUUGGCUCAACCUUUGCACGUCGUAUUCCAGGUAUCGAUGUAUCGGGAUGAUCGAGAUGUAAAGUCAUGUGCGAUAAAUAUUACAGGCUUCUUUCUAAACGUCUUCUUUAGUAUGGUGACACUCCUAACAAUGACUUUGAUAAGCAUUGACAGAUAUUUAGCCAUAUCUCUGCAUCUACGAUAUCGUGAGAUCGUCACGAUCACUAAAAUAAGAAUCCUUCUUUGUUUUUUAUGGGCAGUAGGAUGCGCUGCUGCGAUGGUGUCUUUUUCGACUUUCGAGAUAUUUCAGUGGACUGUAGUCGCUCUAGAGUUGUUCUGUCUCUCAGUUGUGUUUUAUACUUGGAUUAGAAUCCAUAAAAUUGUCAGACGACAUCGAGCUCAGAUUCAGCAACAACAAAUUCAAAUUGAAAACCAGCCGUUUAAUAUGUUGAAAUUUAGAAAAUCUACGUUGAGUUGUAAGCUCCUGAUAUUCGUUUAUUGGUUUUGCUAUCUUCCUCAAUUCAUUUGUCUUAUUUUUUUAAAAUUUAACAGGGAAAAGAACAGCUUCUUGGCCCUUUUUAUAAGCUGCACUGCUGUAGUACUAAACUCUUCAUUAAAUCCCCUCAUUUAUUUCUUGAGGCAGGAAGACAUGCGGACAUCCGUUAAGCAAAUAUUAAGAUCAAUAACUCGCUGCCAAGAACAACAUUAG